UGGCCGUAUCGACGCUGCACGCGCUCGGGGCCAUACACUUCAAGAAUAGAAUAGAAUAGACUUCACAUUCCUUUCGAUUAUUUUUGUAUCUAUUAGGUUUUCGAGGUUAAGACUAAAAGAAAAUGACAAAAUUACUAGAGUGGCUAUCUUGUGCAACUGUAAUCUUCGGCGUGUGGUUUGCUACAAUUACAAGCAACUCUGUUCUUGUCAAGGAAUGGCGUGAAAUUAUACUUUUUCUUCCAAUUACCUCCUUAUUUCUCUUUGGAUUGUAUGCAAUUACUGUUGUCUUGUUCAGGGUAUUUACUUUUAAUAACUGUGAAAGCGCAGCCAUUGAGCUUCAACGACAAAUAGAAGAAGCUAAGAAGGAUCUUCAAAGCAAAGGUAUAAUGUUACAAGGGACUGAUGUUUCUUCAACUUCAUAAAACUUUUGUAAAUA